GAAAUGAAAGAUGUCACUGAAAUCCGUCGGGUUGUAAAACUUCUAGGAAUUCGUUUACGUGAACCCAACCCAAAAGUGCAGUUUUAUAAUAGUUUGUAUCCAUUUUUAGGUUGUUUUUUAUACAUUUUUAAUAAUUAAGCUAUAAUGCAGACGAUCAAGUGUGUGGUGGUUGGAGAUGGAGCCGUUGGUAAAACUUGUUUAUUAAUUAGUUAUACUACAAAUAAAUUUCCUUCCGAAUAUGUUCCAACAGUCUUCGACAACUAUGCAGUGACUGUUAUGAUAGGUGGGGAGCCCUAUACCUUAGGUUUAUUUGAUACUGCAGGUCAAGAAGAUUACGACAGACUUCGCCCCUUAAGCUACCCCCAAACAGAUGUCUUCUUAGUAUGUUUUUCAGUUGUUAGUCCGUCCUCUUUUGAGAAUGUCAAAGAAAAGAUGUUAAGCUUACAAGGAUUUGGGUACCUGAAAUUACACACCAUUGUCAAAAAAACACCUUUUUUAUUAGUCGGUACACAAGUUGAUCUUCGUGAUGAUGGAGCUACCAUAGAAAAACUAGCGAAAAACAAACAGAAGCCCAUAUCAAUUGAACAAGGUAGGUACUUUUUUGCUCUUAUUAAUUAUUCACAUUAUUCUGUAUUUAUACAGGGAGAAAAACUAGCCAAAGAACUGAAAGCAGUAAAGUACGUUGAGUGUUCCGCCUUAACCCAGAAGGGGCUGAAGAAUGUCUUCGACGAAGCGAUUCUCGCAGCUCUAGAACCACCAGAACCAGUCAAGCGCAAAAAGUGCGUCAUCUUGUAAAUCCAAUUACACACCUUUAAACCCCAUCAGUAGAAGUAUCAAAAGUAUUUCUAAGAAGGGACAAAAGGGCCCAAAACAAGGACAAUUUUUUAUCUAUUUCCCGAAGUUGGCAUCGAUUUGAAAAUUAAUACUUUUGGUAUAUGCGGCUGUUGGCGGGGCUUUCUUGUAUUAUUUCUUCCAACAUAUUGGAUUUUCUUCCUAUUUGAUGUGUUUGUGCACAAUAAUUAAUUGAAAAUGCCAUUUUACAGGGUGUACCAUAAUUGGUUAGAUACGUUAGUUAAAUGAUAAUAGAUGGCAUCAUUUUUUCCAUUUAUUCUUUGUUAUAUAUAAAAAAUGUACAAUUUCUAUUCAAAUUGAAUCUUUGAUAUCAUUUUUGUUCACAAAGUAGUGGCGCCAUCUAGCAGCUCUUUUGAAAUUCAUACCAUUUUCGUAUUAUCUGUACAUAGUAUAGUAGUAACACAGAUGGGGAGGCAUUAUUGUACACCCUGUAUAAUUGAUUAUGAUUUGAAUGCAAGAAACAUACAAUUUAUUCCAGAGGAAGCUAACCACAGCGUCCAGGACAUAUCCAAAGUCCUAUAAUCUUUCAAUUUGUCUGUGCUAACUUCUAACCUCUUUUUUACAAACUUAUCAAACAUUUGGGCUUUGUUAAAGCUUUUUAACUAAUAUAGAUUGUCUAACAGGGCAGUAAUCGUCUACUUUUGUGUUUCGGUAUGCUCAAAAUCCAUCAGGACAGUUUGUAUAGGAACUAAAUUUUUUUAGAGAGACUGAGGGAGACGUUGACAGGGGUUUUAUACCUGCCGAGAGAUGAUAAUACAAUAAUACAUUUUAUAUAUUUAUUAUUAAUAAUAUAGUAAUAAUGUUGCGCAUGCGUUGGCUACUAAGCAUUGUUGAUUUUGUUUGAGAAAUAAAAAUGAAUUUUAGGUUAUUAGUGUGAUAUGGAGGAAGAAUAUAAAUGGUUCAACACUGUUUUAUACAACCUGUAUUUUUAACUAACAGGGAAAUAGUAACUAAAACUUUUUACAUUGGUAAUUGACAGAUGUGUUCUUUAACUUUUUUUUUUCUCUAUGCCUAUUAUAAUAUUUUACAGUUUUAUUU